AUGUCUCUGAGCGAUUCAGCCUUGUCUGCCAUCAUGGUAGCUGAAAGGACCACAUCGAUUCUCUCUCUCGUGACAACGACAUUUGUCAUCGGCACUUUCCUAUGCUCGCGGUCUUUUCGCAAACCCAUCACUCGUCUAGUGUUCUAUGCCUCUUGGGGCAAUGUCAUGACCAAUGCAGCUACUCUAGUCUCGCGAUCUGGAGUAUUGGCCGGUCAAUACUCUGCGCUUUGCCUAUUUCAGGGCUUUUUCAUUCAAUGGUUCAUGCCAGCCGAUGCCUUGUGGACAUUUGCCAUGGCGUGCAACGUCUACUUGACCUUUUUCCGAAAAUACGACGCCUCGAGGCUGCGAAGUAUAGAGUGGAAAUAUGCGAUAAUGUGCUACGGGGUGCCAUUCAUUCCGUCGUUUGUGUAUUUCUUCAUCAAGAGCGAUUCCAAGGGCCCCAUUUAUGGAUCAGCAGUGCUUUGGUGCUGGGUAUCUACCCCAUGGGACGUCCUCCGCAUUGCCGUCUUCUACGGACCAACGUGGUUUAUCAUUCUUUUGACGUUUACCAUAUAUAUCCGCGUCGGUCUGCAUAUAUAUCGGAACCGGCGUCUUCUCCACAAUUUCAGCAGUGCGGAUCAGCAAGGAACUAUUGACAGUGCGUUUGAGAUUCACGCAUCCAAGGUGGUCCGCAUUACUAGCGAGGCGGCACACGCAAAUGGUCCCAAAGAUACCACUGCACAGGCUCACGGCCACGGUCAUGGAGAUUUAGAGUCGGAACGGAUAUCAGGAGCUGCCGAGAACUAUGUUAGAUAUUCGGUGACGGUGGAAAGAGGGGAUGGCAUCCCAAUGGCGCCCAUUAAGCAGCCUGUCCCCCCGGCAUCAGCAGCAGGGCAAAACGCAAGAAAUGCAUUGACCAGUGCGGCCGCCUGGGCAUACUGCAAAUAUGCCAUACUUUAUUUCAUUGCGCUUCUCGUCACAUGGGUCCCGUCAACCAUCAACCGCGUGUACAGUCUGGCUCGUCCAAACUCUGUCAGUUUUGGACUCGAGCUUGCUUCCGCAAUUGUUCUUCCCUUGCAGGGCUUCUGGAAUAGCAUCAUCUACAUUGCCAUCUCAUGGUCUUUGAUCACCAAGUUCCUUCGCCGUGAUCGUGGCCGCCGAAGCUACGCAGCUGGACGACGUCCGUUGAAUUUCAGGCAGAUGAACCGAAAGCACUUGAAGCAGUCUUCUGGGCUGGCGAGUGUCGGCUCUUCUGAAGAGUCUGAGAACUUCGAAAUGCCUUCGCCAGCCCCAGACGACCGCCCGUCGCAGCAAGCCGCAAACGAUAACACUCCCUCCGCCCCCGUCGCCGUGACACCCGGCCCGCGCGCCUCGCGCUUCCAGGACAUCUACCACAAGGCGCUUCGGGCCACCGUCAAAGCGAACUCGUACGAGAACUUUGCUACUUGUUUCCCGACGCCGGCCAGGUAUGUGCCGGCCAGUCUCGAGUCGGUGCAUCGGCAAUUGAACGCCAAACUGGAAGAGGGUGCAACGGCCGAGUUCAAUGAAAUUCUGAAGGAGCGAGAGGUCGUCAAGGGGUUGAACGAGCUGGAUAGGCUGGUAGGUGACGCGAGGCGACGAAAGGAUGGCGGGGAGAGCGAGAGUUCAGUACCUCCCCAUAUGCUGGGUGCCGACGGUCUCUACCAGGCUCAUCUCGCACCCUUUCUCGAACAUGCCCAAGACAGCCUCAAUGCUAAACUCGAAACGACGCAGUCACAAAACGCAGAGCUUGCGGACAGGAUCAUUGCUCAGCGCAAGGAAAUGGAAUCUUUGCUAUCGGGCCUAGAAGCCGUCAUGGCCGACCUGGAAGGUUCAGCCAAGGCAUCGACGCAAUACAGCAAGGAACACAGCCUGCGACAGAAAAGCAUGCAGGUCGAUGAAGACAUUAAAAAGAGAACCGCUGUCUGA